AUGGUAGCGCCAAGCUCACGAGACAAGCCUACAAGGCGCCUGAAAAAGGGCACCGAAACCACAAAAAAUCAUCGCUGGGAGCCUUUUUCGCAGCGUAUCGCAAAGCUCAAAAUCGACCCCAUUCACCGUGUGCGCCGGGCGAGCUUUGGUGAAGAUGACGAGACCUCGUCUUAUUUCCGAUCGGCCCUCGAUCAUUGGGUCGAAAUGAACCUUUCCGACAAUUUCAGCACAUUCGUCCGCCGUGUGAACAACCUCUCCGAAACCCUCGCCCAGAUUUUGUACCACGAAGAGAAAAUAAUGGCCCUGUUGGUGGAGUUUAUCGAGAAGAGAGACCAGCACUCAAUCGAGCCUCUGAUGAGUCUGCUGGCCCAAUUUGCCCGAGACCUGGGAGUGAAAUUUGAGAAGCACUUUGCGACCUCGGUGACAUUGGUAGCAUCGGUUGCCGCAACACACCCCGAUGUUGAAGUGGUGGAAUGGAGUUUUACUUGUCUAGCAUGGAUUUUCAAAUUCCUCUCCAGACUCUUGACGCCCGACUUGCGUCAACUUCUCGGCAUUAUGACCCCAUAUCUCGGCAAAGAGCGACAAAAGCCUUUUGUUGCUCGGUUCGCCGCCGAGUCCAUGUCAUUUCUGAUUCGCAAGGCAGGUCUCACCUACUAUAAGAACAAGACGCCCCUCGAGAACGCCGUCUCUUACCUCUACGAUGAUAUCUCAAAAUCAGCGGAGGAAGGAAACAAUGUUGAAAACUACAAGGAGGGUUUGAUGGUCAUGUUCGCGGAUGCCAUCAAGGGUGUUAAUAAUGGUCUUCACUCCAAUGGAAUGGAUAUCUUGCGCUGUGUUCUGGACCAGAUUCCCCCGUCUAGUGGAACUAGCAGUCAACCAGCGCAGGUUGCUGUUGGAUUGGUGAUCAAUCUCAUUCAUCACACCACUCCCGAGACAUUCGGCCCCAUUCUCGAAACAGUCAAGGAAUACGUUGAAAGCCGGUCUCAAGGUUCUGAUAAUCCCAACUUGCCCGAGUGCUGCCGUCUCAUCUUUGUCUGCUUUGGAACCCGUAAGGCAACCCGAAUCAGGGAUUGGAAGACCGUGCACCAGACCCUUGUGUCACUUCUGAAGCAGGUGGCAUCAAACCAGAAUGUGGACUCAGAAACAAUCACACAGCUCCUUGGUGCCGUCGCCUACGCUCUUCAGCUUUCUCCAAUGGAUGAGAUGCUGCCAUUCUUGCGACCUCUGAUGGACCAUGUGUCCACCGGACCUCUCUCAAAAUACUUCUUGUUCUUCUGCAACACAUUUUCACAAUGGGGCUCCGAGCGUUUCCAAAGUCUUCUUGUUCCUUAUUUCCAAAAGUUCCUCAAUGCUUCCUGGAAAAAGCAAGAGUGGGAAACGUGCUUGACGCUACUCCGACUCAACCAGUCUGGCUGCAUUACAUCCGAAGCUUCGAAGCCAGGCUAUGUCUCAUGCCCCGAAGGCUUGAAGUCUCACCUCUACGACUCCUUGAAUUACCCUACCAACGACGAACGUGUUCUUAACGCCCUGGUCAAACUCCCGAAGGCCAUCUCAUUGUUUGCAGACUCUGCUAGCCUGCCCAAGAUCGUGAAGAAACUACAUAGCAAUCUUGUCUCUGCCUUGAACGAUGCCACCACCCAGCAAAACGCUCAGCAGAACAGUGGCUUGAUAUUCUACCUUGGUCAGGGGUUCAAGAUCUACGUCGAUCUGGCUACCCAGGCCGGUAAAUUGGACACAGAGCUGUGGGAACCAAUCCUUACAGCCUCAGCUGAAUUCUCGCGUCUUCCUUUAUUCCUAGAGGGUGUUUUGACUUUUGUUUCUGCUCUCCCCCAAUCCGCGGAGCUCGAAACCUCGACCUUGGAAGGAUUUGCUCGCAACUUGAUCCUCAACCUCGCCAGUCCUUCGCAGAGACUGAGACUCGUCUCUCUUCAGAUCUUACGUGAAUUAAUUAGCCGGGUCCCUGGAGAUGAAGUUUCCCCUAUCUCCCUGGCAAUUGAGAUCGAAGAAAGUCCCCUCACUCUUCAAAGUGCCAGAACCGUAUCGAUGCACCUCCGCAAAUUGGCACUUCUCUACCCUCAGAUCGCUUCUCGCAGAUGGAUGGCUAGCCUUAUUCCGUACUUCUGCUUCGGUCUGUUCUCGAAGAAGUUGACUCCUCUCUGGGACGAUUCCGCUGCUGCUCUAAAAACCAUCAGCGAACAUCUCGAGGGAGAGAAAAUUGUUUCGGACUUGUCUGUUCAGUGGCUGCAGGAGCGGGACUCUGGCGCUACGAAUGAGGAUGAACCCGAGGAAGAGAAUGAAGACUCAUUUGUCUCGAGCCGUUUCGAGUGUUUCAAUGUUCGCAAGAUUGAGAAUGUUUCCACCGCCAACGCGAAGACUAUGCAGGAUCCUUUGGCCGCUUUGUCCAUCCAGUUUGAAAAGGACCACAAGAUGGCGGACCUCGUCCCUGGGUUCCCCCGAAGCCAUGCGCUGCGCGUCUUGAGUGCUACCCCCAAUGUGGCUGAGAAGCGGUCUCGUCAAAUCAUGCCAUUGUUCCUGAGCUGGGCUACACGCGAUGAUCAGGACGAUGUUCCUACCGCCAAUGAUGCCGAGAAUGAUGCCGACACGGAGGCUGAUUCAACACCGAUCAAAUGGGGAUUCAAAGACCGACUGGCUAUGCUUGGUCUACUUGGCCAAUUCCUUAACCCCAAGGUUCUGUACAAGGCCCCCGAGGUUCACGAGGCAGUCCUCGGUCUUUUGUGCCACGGUAAUUCGGAGAUCCAGAAAGCUGCUCUCAAAGCUAUUUUCACUUGGAAGAACGCGCACGUUGUGCCUUAUCAAGAGAACUUGCUGAACAUUCUGGAUGAAGCCAGAUUCAAAGAUGAGAUGUCUGUCUUCGUGCGUGUUGGUGGCGAGGACAGUCUGAUCGAGCAGGAGCACCGUCCUGCUCUGCUUCCCAUUCUUCUUCGACUUCUUUACGGUCGCAUGAUCUCCAAGGCUGGCUCAUCUGGUCAGGCUGGUCAGGUUGGUCGACGUAAGGCUAUUCUGCGCUCGCUUUCUCUUCUCUCGGAGGAGGACUUUGGACUUUUCAUGCAGCUCGCAUUCGGCCCUCUAUCUCAAGUUUCCGUUGUCAAGGAUAACAGCGAGGUCGCAGCCGCGUUCUCAGAGGAACUCACCAGUCCAAGAAGACAGCUUGGUCUACUCAAGAUGAUUGAUACGGUUUUCGAAACUCUCCAGAGUCGCAUGAUCCCAUUUUCCAUCCAGACCAUGAACGUUGUUAUCUACUGCCUGGUUCGAGCAUGUCGAGCAAUCUAUGACGAAAAUAGUGAUCUUUACGUGGAUAGAGAAGACGAGCGUCUCCUGGCAAUCUUCCAGAAUAUCCGCCAGACUUGUAUUCGCUGUCUGACUUUGAUCUUUACGGUCUCAUCCGACCUCGAUUGGACACCAUACGUUGCCAUCAUCUUCAAAGAGUUGAUCAACAACAGGCUGGAUCUAUUCCCCAUUGAGACCGCUCAGGGUGUCUCCGGACUGCUUCGCCUCUUCCACACCUGGGCGUCUGCCCCGAGAUCGACCUUUUAUCUUGUUCAGCAUAACAAGGAUGUUCUCACCAAGGUCAUUGACUGUCUUGGCGUCGAGUCGGCACGCGAUGAGGUUAAGAUAUUCGUCAUGGAUGAAGUCCUUAUCCCACUUAUUCGCUCUGAAGUCCUCUCUCCCUACCUUGAGCACGCUCUCUCCCUUCUCGGCCCUCUUUUGAGAGUUGGACCUCCUUCAAAGCCUGUCCUCAAUUCAGGUGUCAAUGCUCUUUCACUUAUCGCCCCCUGCGUUGAAUCUUCUAAGGAGACAUCUAGCUUGAUUAGCAUCUCCACCUAUCUGCUUCGCCAACCCCCCGACCGUGUCAGCCCGAAGACCAAGGCUGGUCUGUUGCGAAUUCUCGAACAUUUCCUACCCCUGUACACCCCGGAGGACGACGCCAAGCUUUCUCAGCAAGUAUUCGAGGCGGUUGUAUCCAUGUUCGAUUAUUUCAAGGAUGAUGCAAACAGAGAGGUUUUGGCACGAGUUUUUGCUGCGCUCGCAAGUCAUGACAAAGAACUUGCCGAAGUCGCUGAACUCUGCGCGGAUCUGAACUCUCGCUCCUCCAAAAAGCUCGAGCCAGAUUUUGAACGUCGUCUUCAGGCCUUCAGAAAGAUCAACGAUGAUCUGUCGCAGAAAUUCAACGCUAAGCAGUGGAGGCCUAUUCUCUACAAUAUGCUUUUCUAUGUCAAGGACGAAGAAGAAUUGGCUGUUCGAUCCAGCGCUUCCUACGGUCUCAGACGUUUCAUCGACAGAGCCGCCACCGAGGCCGGUGCGGAUGACUUUGAGGCUCUUGUGAAUGAUGUCUUUAUCCCCGCGAUGAAGUUUGGAGUUCGAAACAAGGCUGAAUUGAUCCGAGCUGAGAUUGUUGCUGCUCUUGGCUACUUUAUCAAGCUGAAUCCCACUCGGCCAUCCGUGCAGGAUAUGCACGAUCUGCUCAUGGGCGACGAUGAAGAGGCAUCCUUCUUUACCAAUAUCCUUCACAUCCAGCAGCAUCGUCGUCUCCGUGCAUUGCGACGUCUGGCGGGCGAAGCUGCCAAGGGACAUCUCCAGCCAACCAACCUGGGCUCCAUUUUCCUGCCUCUCAUCGAGCAUUUCGCAUUCGAAGGUGCGGAGGAUGAGAGUGGUCACAACUUGAUCGCCGAAGCUGUUGCCACUAUUGGUGCCCUGGCCGAGUGGCUGGACUGGAGUCAGUUCCGCAACAACUUCCGCAGGUACCGUGGGUACAUGCAGAGCAAGCCAGAAAUGGAGAAGAAUAUUCUCAGACUUCUGGGCAGAAUGUCCGAUGCUCUGUCUAGCGCAAUGGACCAGAAGAAGGAGACUAGCCAAGAGUCCAGUGCCAAUGCCGAUGCCAUGGAUACUGUUGAAGUCAAGUGCACACUCGCGAAAACUGUUCCUGAUCUGACAAAGGUCUCAACCGAGCUAACCACCAACUUCAUUCCUUUCCUGACUCACUUCAUUCACCACAAGAAUGAGGCAGAAAUGAGUCUCCGUCUUCCUGCCGCUGUCACCACGAUCAAGCUUCUUAAGAUUCUCACUGAACAGGAGAUGGCCAUUCGCUUGUCGCCGGUUCUUCUCGAUGUUUGUAGUAUCUUGAAGAGUAAAUCGCAAGAUGCCAGAGACACAGCCCGAAAAACGCUCAGUGACAUUUCCCUUCUUCUUGGUCCGCCCUACUUCGGCUACAUCCUGAAGGAGCUGCGUCAUACUCUUCUGCGUGGAUACCAGUUGCACGUUCUCUCAUUUACUGUUCACUCCUUACUGGUUGUUUCCACCGAUCACUUCAGCCAGGGGGACUUGGACUACUGCCUACCGGAACUGGUUUCGGUCGUCAUGGACGACACUUUCGGUACAGUUGGACAAGAAAAGGAAGCCGAAGACUACGUAAGCAAGAUGAAGGAAGUCAAGAGCAGCAAGAGCUACGAUUCAAUGGAGCUCCUCGCCAAGAACGCCACAGUCGUCGACCUUUCCAAACUUGUUAGCCCUCUCCAGGCUCUUUUGCGCGAGAAGCUUAAUUCCAACAUGGUCAGGAAGCUUGACGAGCUCAUGAGGAGAAUUGGAAUUGGACUUUUGCGAAACCCCGGUGCCGAAAGCCGAGACUUGUUGAUGUUCUGUUACGAAAUCAUCAAGGAGUCCUACAAGGACAACACAGAGGGACGGGAAAAGCGCCCAGAAACCGCAAUCGAGAGGCGCUUCCUGGUCAGGCUCCAGGGUGCCAAGCGUGGUGAGAAGCGUGGCAUCACGUCCUCCCAUACCUACAAAAUGACCAGGUUCUCACUUGACAUCCUCCGUGCCAUUCUCAACAAAUUCGGCUCGCUCAUGACCCCGGCCAAUCUUUCUGGCUUCCUGCCCAUCAUUGGCGAUGCUCUUGUACAGUCUCAUGAAGAAGUCAAGAUCUCUGCUCUCCGUUUGCUAUCUACAAUCAUUAAGCUUCCAAUGCCCGAGCUUGAUGAAAACUCCCAUGUCUACCUCACGGAGGCUGUCAAGAUGCUCAAGGAGUCCCCAACCACGAACUCAGAGGCAUCCCAGGCGUCUCUCAAGCUAAUCUCUGCUAUGAUCCGCGAACGAAAGAGCACCAAGCUUCGUGAUGGACACCUCGCUUACUUGCUCCACCGCCUCAAGGCUGACAUUGAAGAGCCCGAUCGCCAAGGCAUCACGUUCAACUUCAUUCGCGCUGUCAUGUCGCGCAAGUUCGUUGUGACGGAAAUGUAUGAAUUGAUGGAUUCUAUUGCAACCAUGAUGGUCACAAACCAAACCCGCUCUGCUCGUGAUCUUGCUCGCGGCACGUACAUCCACUUCUUGACUGAGUAUCCACAGGCCAAGAACCGCUGGACCAAGCAACUUGGCUUCCUCGCGAAGAACUUGGAUUACAAGCACCAAGAAGGACGGCAGUCGGUUUUGGAGGCAGUCCACCUGCUCCUUUCCAAGACAGGGCAGGAGCUGGCGCAAGAUAUUGUCAGCACCUUCUUCCUGCCCGUGGUGCUUGCCAUGGCAAAUGAUGAUUCGCCCGAAUGCCGUGAGAUGGCUGGUGCUCUACUGAGCCAAUUCUACAACCGAGCAGACCAGGAGCAGAUGAAGACCAUGUUGACUCCCCUCCGCUCGUGGCUGGAGCAGACUGAUAACAUGGCUCUGAGCAGUGUCGGACUGCAGGCCAUGCGGAUCUACUUCGAAGCAGAGGAGACAGAGAAGGACAAGCAGGCUCGCUUUGUGGUUGGAAUUCUGCCCGACCUGAUCCGGCCGAUCGCCGACGAUCAUGAGAACGGGAACUGGGAGACUCUCUACUUUGCCCUGCAGCUCUUCACGAAGCUUUGUAAGACAGUUCCAUCUCUCGCCCUGAGCCAAGAUUGCUCUGCUAUCUGGACCGCUAUUCGAGAAUCGUUAUUCUUCCCUCACACCUGGGUCAAGUCCUGUGCUGCCAACCUCGUGGGGACCUGGCUCUCCGAUCUUGCUAAGACCCACGCUGCCGCUGGCUACAGUGCUCUUCCUUUGAAUUGCACCACCGGUCUCAUCCUUGACAAGGAGGCUAUGCUGCAGCUCAUCCGAGCCAGUCUCCGCUGCCUGCGCACACCGGGUCUCACUGAUGACCUUGCUCUGCAAAAUGUGCGCAACAUUGUUUUCCUUGGCCGUUGCUGUGCCCAGAACGGUCUUGAGCUCCAGAAGACCGGAACGGAAGAUGACGUCGAAUCUGAGGAGGAUGAGUCUGAUGAGGACGAAGAUGCUGACGAGGCUACCGACGAAGCCGUCACAAACGGCGCCGCUCCGGCCAAGACCGCCCUCCACUACAUCUUCGGGCAAAUCGCAUACCUUCUCCGUCGGGAAGUCCUUGGAGGUCGCCCCGCAGCAUUGGUCCCCAAGACUGCAUCGAUCACCCUGCUCGCUGCAUUGAUCCGCCAUCUCGAGGCCGAGCAAAUCAAACCCUCGCUUCCGGUCAUCCUCCUUCCCCUCCAGCACUUGACCGACACGACUAUCCCAGGCCCGCGCUCAGCCGAUCCCGCAUUCCAGGAUAUCUACAAGGGACUUGUUUCCAACUGCCACGAGGUCCUUGAUUUGCUGCAAAAGAAGCUUGGAAGCUCCGAAUACAUUGCCCAAAUGACCAAGGUGCAAGAUACUGUCAAGGAGCGUCGUGAAGGUAGACGUACCAAGCGUCGCAUCGAGGCUGUUGCCGAUCCCGAGCGCCACGAGCGUGACAAGAAGAGGAGAAACGAUCGCAAGAGAGAGAAGAGAAAGGAGAAGGGACUGGAGCAUCGUGGAAAGAGGCGGGGGUGGUAA